AUGACAUUGCCGAAAAUUGUUGGGCUGCAAAGAAACGAAAUUGAAACGAAAAGAAAAGCAAUCGGAAAAGACUUUAAAUCCAUUAGGGAAAUUCAAGUGUUUGACAUGAUUGUCAGUUACCGGCUCGAGAGGCUGAACUUUCUAAGUGAUCCUAAAAUUUGUCCUGUUGCAAUAGGAAAAGGAAAAUGUUUUCCACAUGAUUGA